UGGAGGCUGAGGCGGGCAGAGGCAGCUCCGGCUCUUCCCGAGGAGGCGGCGGCGGGGACUGCAGGACAAUUAUUCUGAGUGACGGCCCUUGCACACGCUUCUGAGUGGUUAUCAUGGGCUUCAUUGCCUUUCUGAAGACCCAGUUCAUAGUUCAUCUCCUCAUUGGGUUCGUCUUUGUUGUGAGUGGACUGAUCAUUAACUUCAUUCAACUAUGCACACUAGUCCUCUGGCCCAUAAACAAGCAGUUUUAUCGCCGAGUAAACUGUCGCCUUGCCUAUUCGCUUUGGAGCCAGUUGGUAAUGCUGCUGGAAUGGUGGUCAGGCACAGAGUGCACCUUGUUCUCAGACGAGGCCACGGUGAACACCUUUGGGAAAGAACACGUCAUCAUCAUCUUGAAUCACAACUUUGAAAUCGACUUCUUGUGCGGCUGGACUAUGACAGAGCGCUUCGGAGUGCUAGGGAGUUCCAAAGUUCUUGCUAAGAGAGAGCUGCUAUAUGUGCCCCUAAUUGGCUGGACAUGGUACUUCCUUGAGAUUGUUUUCUGCAAAAGGAAAUGGGAAGAAGACAGAGAUACGGUUAUAGAAGGAUUAAAACGUUUGGCUGAUUAUCCUGAAUAUAUGUGGUUUCUCCUGUACUGUGAAGGAACUCGUUUUACAGAGACCAAACAUCGUAUCAGUAUGGAGGUAGCUGAAUCCAAGGGGCUGCCUAAACUGAAAUACCACCUGUUGCCCAGAACCAAAGGUUUCACCACUGCUGUCCAGUGUCUCAGGGGAACAGUUUCAGCAGUGUAUGAUGUAACACUAAAUUUCAGAGGAAACAAGAACCCGUCUUUAUUAGGAAUUCUUUAUGGAAAGAAAUAUGAAGCAGAUAUGUGUGUAAGGAGAUUUCCUCUGGAAGAUAUCCCUCAAGAUGAAAAGGAAGCUGCAAACUGGCUUCAUAAGCUUUACCAGGAAAAGGAUGCUUUGCAAGAGAUGUAUAAUCAGGAAGGCAUAUUUCCUGGCCAGCAGUUUAAACCUCCUAGGAGACCAUGGACUCUCCUCAACUUUCUUUUUUGGGCCACAGUUCUCCUCUCUCCUCUCUUCACAUUUGGCUUUGGAGUUUUUGCAAGUGGAUCACCUCUCCUUAUCCUUGCAUUCCUGGGACUUGUUGGAGCAGCUUCCUUUGGAGUUCGUAGACUGAUAGGAGUAACUGAAAUAGAAAAAGGCUCCAGCUAUGGCAACCAAGAAUUCAAGAAAAAGGAAUAACUGACAGCUGCAGUUCACCACUUAUAACCAGACUAUGGUAUCCGAUUAACUUCAGCUAAAAAACAACAACAAACACUUAGAAACUAUCUUUUUCUUAAUAACUGAUGACUAAUAUUAAUGAAUAAAACUUGAGCCAAGAAUGAAGAAGUUGGAGGCAUCAACUGAAGAGAACGCAUCAACUUUCUGCCUGUUUAAGGAUUACUGUAGUCAAACUAUGGGAGAAAAUCUGGG